UCGUCAAAGCAGUCCUAUCAAGGCGUUCUGAGCCAGUAUAACAUCCAUAAGAAAACUACGUCAAGACUCCGACGAUUCUCAAUUGGUUCAGUUCAUGUCCUCGGCCUGAAUCCUGCACCCAACAUAUGCCGCACUUACACGACAAACUCCGAAUAUAAGAUGCAAAACGCUCACGAAGAGGUUAAAAAGCUGCUUCGUACAUCAGAGAAGGUGACACUUGUCAUUGAUACCAGCCCUGGCUCAGCAAGUACUGGCUCAACAACAAGCCCUACGCAAAACAACUUCUUACGACCCACAAGACGUGUCAUAGCCGUUGUAGUACAUGAGGCGCAGGAUGAACAGAUUGGAGCACUCUUUAUUUUCAAGUGGACUAAAUCGGAACCGCCAUCUCUAGUUCUCGUUGCCACUUUGGCUAUCGGCCCUGACUUUGAAAUAAACCUCGCCCAGGUUUCGUCGAGUGCACUUGGCGUUCCAGCCCAGCCAGAUGCUACAACCACUACAAAGCGACCAGAUGUUCACUCUGAGGGCGAAGAGUUGUCCUUCAUGUGUCCAGAAGCUGAGGCGGUUGCACUGAGGGAAGAGUGUAGUCGUUUCAAAGUUCCUCAAGAGCAAGAUCCCCCUAAGGCAACUCACAGCUGGAUGGCAGCAUACUCGCCUACCACCGUUGAUCGUAGGACCUUUGCCGGAGAGCCUGGUGAUGAGGACGCAGACGCUGUCUUGAUUCGAGAUGACUGGGUCCUUAAACAGGUUCGAGCAAGGAAGGACGAAUAUGCGUCGACACACUCAGUCAG